GCGUGUAACUGAUUACUAGACAGACCACCAAUAUAGGGCUGCACAUAUAUGUUCCCGUGCAGCCGUUAUUAGCUCUUAAGUCCGCACAUAUAUGCGCCUCUACAUUGAUUCUCUCCUGGAAUGACACAUUCUGUCAUUGGAGAUUACAAACCUGAAAUGAUGGACAUAAUGGAUGAGGAGCAGAUGGAGAACGGACUGGACUCCGAUGAUGAUCUUCACCUCGAGGAGAUACCCGAGUACCUGAAAGACAGAAGAAGAGCCAAGUCUCUACCUGCGUAUCCAGAGCAGGUGAAUCUGUACCACCAGAUCUCGCAGAGCUGCAGGAAACGCGUGAAGUUCGCGGACGCGCUCGGCUUGAAUCUGGCGAGCGUCAAGCACUUCAGCACCAGCGAGGAUCCUCAGAUUCCAGCCAAAGUCUUCACCAGGCUGAAGAGCUUCCCUAUCCAUAAGGAAAGAGAGAUCAUGGAUGACCUGUGCGUGAACAUCAAGUCCUCUCUGGCUCUGGCCCCCGUGGACACCGGUGACUUGGAGACGCGGCUGACGCGCUGCCGCGUCGCACUGGAAAGCGCCACGGUCACGCAGUUUGAUGUUCGUGGGAUCAUUCGGGCGAUGGGCGGGAGAGAGAUUGGAGUCAGGUAUACUUUCAACGACUGGCUGUCUUUCGUGGACGCGCAAGCCAUCCCCGUGCCCACCGAGGACAAGACGCACGGAGAGCGCUUCUCCUUCACCAUGUACACGCCUCCUUUCUUAGGUCCGAGCGCUGCUGUGCAUUUCGCCGUCUACAUGAGGGAUGAUAACUCGGAAUUCUGGGACAACAACGAUGGGAUGAACUAUUCCCUCAAGCACCACAGCUCGUCAUCCAGUGACACCGCGGCUUUCCACGCCAUAUGAAGUGAUGCGCUUUUACGCAAGGAUUCAUCGGCACGUUUAACGCAGGACUGUUAUGUGCUCUUAAGGAGGUUUCAGCGCUCAAGGCUGAAGGACAUAUACCGUGGAAUGGCAUGUCGUAAUAAAAUCUGUUUUAAAGAAAUAGUUUACCAAAAAAAUACAUUUCUGUCAGUCAGUCAUUUUCAUGUUCUCCCAAACCCAUCUGAUGUUGUUUCUUAUAUAGAUAUUUUGCAGAAUGUCCAAGCUGCUCAUAGAAAGUGGAUGAGGGUUGUUGAGCUCCAAAAACACCAGAAAGUACCAUAAAUGUAGUCCAUUUGUUGCGUGUGCUAUAUUCUAAAAUUCUAAUGUCACUUACUUUUGCGUAAGGAGCAAUUCUAAACUCAGAACUGUGAGAUAUAACUUGCAAUUGUAAGCAAAAAAGCCAGCAUUUUUCUUAAUUCUGUGACAAAAAAAAAAAAAAAAAAAAGAGGAAAUUCAGAUGGAAAAAAAAUAAGAGCGAAUCUUGCAAAAAAAAUUCUCUCUCAGAACUGCACGUUUUUGUCUUCAAUAUGACAAUUGCUGGAUAUUGUGAUACGCCUUGAACCAGUUAUGCACAUGAAACCAAUGAAAUUUGACACUUUUGACUAUGCAAAUUAGAUAUGGAGCAGGGGAAGCUUACUAUCACUCUGUUUUUUGUCCUUUUGAAAGCUUGAAAGCCCCUAUUUACGCUACUACAGUGUAUGUUUUUGUUUUAUUGAAAUGAGCAGCAUGGACAUUCCUAAGAACAUCUCCUUUCGCGUUCCACAGAAGAACUCAGUCAUAUAGUGUGAAAUGACUGAACUACUGACUGAAACGGUGAACUACUUCAAACGAUGCAGGGAAUCACACACAUUUCUUUAUAUGAGUUUUCUUUAAAAAAAAAUGAGUCUUACCAUUUAUUAAUCAUGUGAAAUGUGUUGUUUCCGUCAUGGGGUGCACAGUUAUUGACACGGUGAAGUUCUCUGUAAUGAAGAGAGGUAACAUAGAGAAAACAAUACAGCAAUGCAUUAUGGGAAAUCUGUAGUUCUAAAUAUAGCAGUAUUCACCAAUUAUGCUUAGUUGAGUUGGACUUUAAGCUUAAAGUAUCAAUGACCUACCAAGUCAAAACUCCAACGUAUUCAAAUCAAAAUGUAUUCAUUUUUAUAAGAAACAAAGAGCAACCGGCUUGAUUCAAGUUCAUUGAAAUCAUUCUAUAUAGACUGAAUGGCUUAUUCUACAUUGAUAGAAGUAUAAUAUGGAAGCCGUUUCUGCCAAAAAAUAAACAAAAUUUAAAAAGGCAAUUGCAACGAUAUAUUUCACAAUUAUGAUUUUUUUUUUGCAAUACUAAAAAUGUAAACUCUGAGAAAAAAAGUCAGAAUUGCGAGAUUACAUCUUACAAUUCUGAGUUUCAGUCUUAAAUAAAAAAUUCAUGAAUAAAAAGUUCAUUAAAAAGGUAAUUGCGAUUUGUUUCCUUGCAAUUGCAAGCUUUUAUUAAAAUAGUCUGACAUUAAAUAAAAAAAUCCAAUUACCUUUUUUUUAAACACUGUGGUGAAAACAUGCUUCCAUAGCAUAAAGAGUUGGAAGAGAUCAAAACAUAAUGUUUACAGUUUUCUCAAGGUGAGGAGAGACUGGCUGUGUUGAAAGUAAAGCAGGUCUAUAAUAGGUCUGUAUGUACACAUAUGAGAUAAGCUAUCUAUCAUUUCAACUAAAGUCCAGAUUUGCUGCAGUUUCUCCAAGGGUUGUUCUGUCUGUGCAUCUGUUUGACUAUGAACAUGCAAGACGGCAAUCUGUUUUGCAAUAUGCAAAUGUUUGUUUAAAAAUAAGCAAAUAUUCUUUAUGAAUGCACACAUGAUUUCUUUUAGCAGCUGGUAUUGUACUCAGCAAAUGAUGCUUGACAAAGUGCAACACAAUGCAUUUUUGUAAGUUAUGUAGCCAUUUCCUGUUUUUCCAGAUUAUGUUUAUGUUCAUUAUCAAGAUGAAAUCACAACCUUUGUGGUACCACUUAGUCUGCACUGUUAGCAAAAUAUGAACCAAAGCAAAACUCUAAAUAAAAAACAUGAAACAUUGUGGAUUUGAAA